UCUCUGAGUAUAAAUAAUACAAUAUCGUUUAUAUUGCAAUAAAUUAUAUAAAAUAAUAUACCUUCCACCUGGUUUAUAUUGAAAUCACAAUAUCGUUUAUAUCGAAAUAAUCUAUAUAAAGCAAUAUACCUUUCAUGUAAUCACUAUAAAAAUAUUGUAAAUGAAAUGGACAUUGAAACUGAAAAAAUUAUUGAAUUGCUAUUUCCUUGUGGUAUUCCAGAAUCAUGGAAGGAAAAUUCAGAGUUUUAUCAAUAUUUAGCUAAAAUUGGAAAAUAUGACAUAGAUGAGUUAACUAAAGAACCUGAUCGUCUUACAGAUAAAAGAAUUGUUAUUCAACAGAGCAUACAGGAUUUAAUUUCAUCUAACUAUAUAACAUUUGUUCAUAAUGCUCAAAUUUUUCAUGAAAUAUUUAAAGAAUUUAAUCAAACUGAAGACAAAUUGGAUGAUUUAUUAGACAAGAUUCCACAAUUUAUAAAUCAGUGUAAGUCUUUUUGUAAUAUAUCAGAAGAAGUAAAUAUACAUAGGAGGUUAAAUAACUUAAUAUUGAGCAAAAAUGCACAGCUUGUUGAAAUUUUAGAAUUACCUCAAUUAAUGAAGUCAUUUUUACAAAAUAAUGAGUAUAGUGAAGCUUUAGAUAUAUCACAAUAUGCAAAAUAUAUUAAUGGAAAAUAUGGAGAUAUACCUGUUAUAGUAAACGUAAUAAAUGACUUAGAAAGUUGUUGGAUUCUAAUGGUAAAACAAGUUGUUACUUCGCUAAAAGAUGAUUUGUCUCUCCCAAAAUGUUUGCAAUUGAUUGGCUUGUUACGUUCUAUGGAUGCAUUUACAGAUUCAGAAUUGCGCAUUAAAUUUAUUCAAGCUCGUGAUUACUGGUUUCAAAUAUUUUUGAAUUCUAUUUCUACAAAAGAUACCAAUGCUCAUUUAACAAGAACAAUUGAACUAUCAAGAAUACAUUUGUUCAAUAUUGUAACACAAUAUAAAGCAAUAUUCAAUGAUUAUCUUACUUUUGAUAGAGGCAGUACAAUCAAUGAUUCUGCCAUUUUUUAUCAAUGGUUAAAAGAAAAGGUUUUGCUAUUUCUUACAACUUUGGAGCAAGAUUUACCAUGUGUCAAUUCAAUUGAUUCAAUUCUUAGUCAAUGUACAUAUUUUGGGUUAUCUUUUGGUAGGGUUGGAGCAGAUUUUACAGGUCUUAUAGCUGAUAUUUUUAUAAAAAUAAUAGAUACUAAAAUUAAAAGUAAUAUAUUGAAAUCUACUAAAAAAUUUGAAAAGAAUCUUGAAAAUUUUACAUUAGCUCAUACAAUGCAAAAAUCUGAUAUAAAAAGUGUGCCAGUUAUUAAGUCUGAAAAUCCACCCGAGCAAUUAGUAGAAUUCUAUCCUCUUGCUGAAUAUUGCAAUGAUCUAAUAGCGCUAUUUAAUGAACUGAGAUUAAAUGUUCCAAUAGCCUUAGUUCAAUCACUUACUGUUUUCUUACAAAAUUCAUUACGUAUACUUGCCAUUACAAUGUUUUCUUUUUAUAAAAAUCGAGAUCAGAUUUUAAUGCCAGUUGAUAAACAAAAUAUGGUUCAGUUUUUUGAAUGCUUGAGUGAACAAUUGAUUCCUUAUAUUCAAUUCUGUAUUCAUGCUUUAUUUCCACCAAAUCAAGUAGCAACAUAUUUUGGAACUUCGGUUAGUCAAUUACAAAAAGAAGAAAUAUCUUAUUUAAAUAAAAAAUAUAUUAUUGAACCCAUCAAAUCUCUUUUGCCCAUAAAAAAUAUUUCUGUGGAUACUUAUUUAAGUAAUACAUUUUAUUCUAAGGAUUCACUUCUGAUACACAAAAUGGAAUAA